AUGGAAUACAUAACUGACAUACUGCACUACGGUGCACUAGCCUUCUCGCUUAUAGCUAGAUUACUGCUGGUAGGAAUCGCCAUAUUGUUACUGAAAUUCAUAUACAACAUCUCCCCUUUCCAUCCCCUGGCCAAAUACCCAGGACCACUGCUAUGGCGAGCAACCCGCCUCGUCAACUCCUACCAUCAUGCCACAGGAGAUCUCUACAUCCACAUUGCAGCCAUUCACGAAAAGUACGGACCAACAGUACGAAUCGCUCCCGACGAGCUCUCUUUCACAUCCCCAGACGCCUGGCCCGAGAUCUACAACUCCCGCCCCCAAUUGAUGAAGUCUCGUUACCACUUUGGCCACGAUGAAUCCGGCAAAAUGCCCAUGAGCAUGAUCGCCGCACCUGACGCCGAACAUAGUCGCGUACGCAGACUCGCCGGUCCAGCAUUCCUCAACUCCAGCGUAGCAGAAGUCGAGCCCACGAUGCAACACUACGCCGAACUUCUCUGUUCGCAACUCCGCGCCGCGAGCGAAGAAAACCCCCAACAAAGUCAAAAUAUGGUCGACUGGUUCCUCUGGACACUCAACGAUGUCAUUGGCCAACUCGCUCUCGGUCAAGAAUUCGACUGUCUCCAAAACCGCCGUCUGCACGAAUGGCCGAGCUAUUUGCUUCACAUUCUCAAAUUGGCAGCCGUCAUUAACCAGUUUAAACGCUUCGGCUUCAAAACCCAAUGGUUGAAACCCAUCCUUCCUGCCAAAGUCAUAGAAAAACGAGACAAAUUCUUCGAAACCGCACAAAAAGCCGUCGAUGCUCGAUUGGCACAAGAGAAAUCAUCAUCAGAAACUCCCACCUCCCAACCCCUCAAACAAGACAUCAUCGGCCUCCUCCUCCGCCCCACCAAAUCCGGCGAACUUCUCACUCCCAAAGAAAUCCUCUCCAACUCCGUCCUCAUCGUCGGCGGAGGAGCCGAAACCACCGCUACAACAUUGACAGCUGCAAUGUAUCAUCUCUGCAAAACCCCCCGCGUCAUGAAAAAACUGCAAAAAGAAAUUCGAGAGACGUUGCCUCUUCUCAACAAUCCCAACAACAACACCACCACCAACAACAUCACCCUCAAAUCCCUCCCCCACCUCCCCUACCUCUCAGCAACCAUCGACGAAACCCUCCGAAUUUUCCCCACAGCGAGCUUCAUCACUCCGCGCCAAACUCCUCCCGAAGGCCACACAAUUCACGGACAAGUCGUUCCCGGAGGAACUUAUGUUUCCAUGGGUCAGUGGUUCAUGGGACGAUCGGAUCGAUUUUUUGAAGAUGCGAGUGAAUUUCGACCGGAACGGUGGUUGGAUGAUGAUGAUGAUGAUGGAAAUUCAAACACGACGACGACGCCGUGUGGGAAACGAAUCGAGGAUAUUCUGAAACCGUUUAGUAUGGGUCCGAGGAAUUGUGUGGGGAAAGUUCUGGCUUUGGCGGAAGCUCGUUUGAUUCUCGCCAAACUCAUUUGGAAUUUCGAUUUUGAACUGGAUGGAGACCAUGAAUCGUGGGUGGAUGAUGCCCGUUUCUACGUCUUGUGGGAACUUCAGCCGCUCAAGCUUCGUAUUACACCAGUAGUACGGUAGUAGACUACGCAAGCCCCUUUCAGCAUAGCCCCUGAACGCCACCUCUGUUGCUACUUCUCGUUCAGUGAAUCUCUGCAGAUGCACGACAUUAAAC